AAGGCAACACAUCUCUAGUUUGAUUACUAUUUGUUAUUAGUUUUUAAAUUAGCUUGUUGAGCGACUGAUAAUGGAUAUAAGCGCCGAUGUGGAUCGGAUUAUAGCCCAGGCGCCGGACUGGAAUCUUGCCGGUGACUGUGACCUCCUGGCGCUGAUGAAGCGCAUUUCUGAGAACUUGUACGAGCGGGGUGAGCGAACCUCUCGCAAUCUCCAGGAGUUUGAGACAAGUGUCCGACAAGUGGACAUAUCGCUGAGUAAUGCCACCAACAGUCUGCGCUCCCUGCAGUUCGGCCACCAGUUCGUGGAGUAUCGGGUGGAGGAGGUGGAUGACGCCGAUUUGGCUAUGCCCGAGGAGAAGAAGAAGAAGCCUGAUCCACCGCCCAUGAGCUCCGAGGAAAUGGCGAAGGGAUUUCUGGACAACAAUCUUCGAAUGUUUAGAAAGAACUUUGAGCCGGUGACUAUCGAUGUGCCAGAUUCGGAUGACGAGGACGCGCCAGUCAGCUCGACUACCGUUUUCCGAGCUAAGAAUCCGUACGAUGCUAUUCCUCUGCCCUACAUUAUUGGAACGAAGGAAUGGGAAGAGCACAAAUACGCCGGUCUGUACGACAGCGGUGAGAAUAGCGGGGAUGACAAAUCCGAUGAGUUCUCAUCAAGUUCCUCGGACGAAAAGGAGCCGGUAUCCAAGGGAAGUACGCAGCCAGAGAACAAAUUUGUGGAGCCCCAUCUAUCGGACUCCUCCUCGCUGGCCUCAUAUGCCAGAGAACCAGAGAUUGUGUCACCUGUGAAAACUCAUAAUCCUGCUCCGGUUGUCACUUCGCCCGUGCCUCCUGCUCCGGCACCUGCUGGACAGGUACCGGAAGCUGCCAUCCGCACGCAGCCGCGACCAAUUAUAAGCAGUCAACGCAAUCCUCACGAGCGUGAUAUGUUUGCCGCGCUUAGACAGUCUCCACCCAGUGACGAUCCACCCUCUACUUCAUCCUCACCCACAUCAUCGCCAGCAUUUAGAAAUACCUCUGGUGGCCGCUUGCCCAUAGCAUCGACGGCAUCGCUUAGUUCCAGCAGCAGCAGUCCCGCCCACCAACCGCCUCCGAGGCUUUUUGAAGACGUAGAAGCUGUAGUUCCCACACAUCCUUCCAAGGAGAUUGCGGCUAAGCCAGGUCAAAUUAAGCGGAAGCCAGUAAACCUCUUCAACGACGAUGAGUUUAACUCGUUUAUGUCGGAAAUUGUUGACAAAGUGCAGGCUAAGGCAGGUGCUGCAGAAACCAGCUCUGUGAGAGAACCACCAAAGGAAAAGAGGCCAACGGAACCAACUGCAAAGCAGGAGGCACCGCUCCAACGUAAAAAUCCUGCUGUGGUCCCCCAAACAGUGCCCAGACGUGUUAAUCUAUUUGAUGACAGUCCUCCGCUAAGUCCUUCUUCGAAGCCAAAGCCCUUCUCUAAUAACGCUCCUUCCGUGGGUGGCAUUCCAAAGCAGACACCGCCCAAAGAGGUCCAGGCGGAUCAACCGAAAGCUUUUAUUGCACCCAAAGAACCAGCAAAAACAUUACCGAAAUCUCUCUUUGAUGAUGAUUUGGAAGACGAUGACUUUUUGAGCUCCCUUGCACCUAAAUCAAAGCCUGUAGAUCAAAAACAAAGCUCAAAACCAAAAACCUCCCUAUUCGAUGAUGAUGACUUGGACAUAAAUGAUAUAUUUACUAAGCCAACGUCGGCAAAUACAAACAAACUCUCUGAGAGAGUGGCAGGAAAGACCAGUUUGUUCGACGACGAUGAUCAGGAAGAUGAUGCCGAUUUAUUUGGUUCCAAAAAGCCCCUAAAGGCUACACAAAGCGAAUCAACAGUCAAAAAGGUUGAGCCUACAGAAACUCCAAAGAAAAGUCUUUUCGAUGACAUCGAGGAAGAGGAUUUGUUUGGAACGCCAAAGGCAAGUGCCAGAUAUAAUGAGUCCCAGGCACUAGAAACGGAUGUUGAAAUUAAAGAACAAAGCAAACAUAUUGAGAUUGAACCAGAGACAUUAAGAAAACAAGAAAUUACUAUUCAACAGGAGCAAGAAUUAUCAAAUGCAUCAUCCCCACCAGUUUUUAGAGAAUCACCUCCACCCAUUGAGAGUUUUGAAGCGACUGAACAGGAAGAAAAGAACAUUAAUGGUGGUGAAACCCCACCCAAGCCACCAGCUAAACUUCCAAAUUUAUUCGUUGAAGACUUUAGUGAUGAGGACCCUUUUCUGGAAUCCUUAAAUGUAACUACUAAGCCAAAAGGUGCUAGUGAAACUAAUGAAUUUAUUAAGACCGUAGUGAAAAGUGAUGAAAAAAUAAAAGAAGUAGAUAAAUCACCCGCAGAAACAUUGCGUAAAUCUUCAAAUAAACAUUCAGAUUUGUUCAGUGAAGAUUCCAGCGAUGACGAUCGUUUGUUGAGUAUAUCAUCCAAAGCUAAGGAUGUGCCAUUGGGUGAAAAAGACACCAUGAAAUUAAUUAAGACAGACGAAGACCACUUGGAAGAGAUUAAGCCAAACAAAGAUCAGUUGGUUGAAGAGAUUUAUCCAAAAGAGCUACCUCAUAAACUGCCACAGGAAGUCCUGCCAGAGAACAAAAUAGAUGAUGAACUAAACGUCAUGACAAGAGCUAGCGCAGAAGUGGUUGUGCCAGUUUCUGAGACACCUCCUCCAGAUGAUCACCAAAGCCACCAGGAUCCCAUUAUAAAAAUGGUAGCCGAUAUCACCAAUAAGUCCCCCAAAGAUGAUGCGUCUAAAAGAAAGCCAGCAGAUCUGGCUGCCGCCCAGCAAAUCAUGCAAAACUAUUCGAGCCUCUUCUCAGAUGAGCCACCCGAUGAUAGCGAGUUUUUCCAAACUCUCGGCAGCAGCAGCAGCGGUCUCAGCAGUCUAAGUGCUUCGAAAAUCUUUGACAACGAACAUGAUUUCUUUGAGCCUGCCUUGCCCAAGAUUCCCAGUGCCACAAAGUCAUCUGCUGCGACGCCAGGAGACCAACCUUCAGCAACAUCGGAUUACGGAGGCAUUCGUCUAUUUAGUGAUGUUCCACCCGAAGACGAGGAUGAUAUCGAUGAGCUAAGCUCAUCAGCUGUCAAGCAGCCCGAGGAUGUUGCACCACCCACUACAACCCGUAUACAUACAAUUUUCUACGAUGACUUCAGUGAAACUGCAAGAGCAGGAUCCAUUGAACCGUCGCACCAACCUUCUUCUUACGACGAGGAGCCACCACCGUCAGGAGAUGAACUUGAUCGCAGCAAAGCCAAGGAGACACUGGACUCACAAAAUCGAUCGUCACCCAUCAAGAAACUAAAAAUGCCCAACAUCAACAUCAAUGUGCAGGCCCUGCUUCCUGGCUCAGGUGGAGGUCUUCCAAAAUUGCUUAAGAAGCAGGAUUUAUCGAGCUUUGAAGAGCGUCAUCCAGCGGAAUCCUCUCAAAGAGUAACGUCUCCAGAGUCUAUCAGAAAACCCACAAAUAUACAACCUGCAGAGGGGGGCUUGCAGCAUGUAAAUAAAACACGGGCUCGAGGGCCUGCCAAGAGAAGACCGUCAACCAGAAAGGGAAGGCAGGAGAACUACGUUAAAAGCUUGAUCGAAGAUGAGCAAAAACCACCACAUGCCGCUUUGACACAGGUACAGCCCUCUGUGGAGUCCUUUCUGGAAAGCCCCGACAAUGAAUCCCAGCCUCUUCCCUUCUCUAAGCCGGUUGCAGUUGGGGAGGUGAGUGCUCCUCCAUCUACCGUUUCAGCUUCCAGACAAAAAGUGAGUCCGCCCAAGGCAAAGAACUCAUUUUUAGAUAGUCCUGAUGAUGAUGACUCCCUUUUUGGUCCUGUCACAACAAAAACCGUAUCUUCUGCAAAGCAAAAUGCCGGAAUAAUGCCUGUAACUGCAACACCUGUGUCAGCUGCGCUGACACCGAAUAAACCACCAGAGGAUCGUAGACAAUCAGUCAUCCCCAGAAAGAAUAAUGAUCCACCCGCGUCAUAUCGUUCGUUUUUGGACAGUCCUGACGAGGAUGAUUCCCUUUUCAGUUCUGCUGAUAAAAAUACGACAUCUGUUUCAAAGAAUUCUGCGGAAAAGACUUUGAUUCCACCAAAGGUGGCUAACACAUUUUUGGACAGCUCAGAUGAUGAUGAUUUCCUGUUUAGUCCAGCCAAGACACCUAUUGCGCAAUCUAAAUCUAUAGUUCCUGUUCAAGAGAAGCAUCGUGAUACCGCUGUACCAGCUUCUUCAAUGCUCCCUAGAACCGAAGAGCCUUCCAAAGAACAGAUUAAGCCCAAGGCACAAGCUGUUCCUAAACUCUUUGAUGACAGCGACGAUGAUGAUGAUCUGUUUGCAAGUGCAGCGGUGCCUGCUCCUCUUCCUUCCUCCAGCAGGCCAGUUCAAGCUAAGCAGCCACCGAAACCGGCUGCAAGUUCUCUGUUUAGCAGCGACGAGGAUGAUGCAAAGGCGCCAGAUAAUACGCUCCCAAAGAAGAAGUUGCCCAUAAAACCAGCAAAAAGCCUCUUCAGCGACGAUGACGACGACGAUGAUGAUUUGUUUGGAGGAGGCGGCAUACGCAAAGCCAGCACAGCCAGACAAGCACAGAAGACGAAACCCAAAGCCCAGACUGUAUCAAAACCGGCUGCGAGUAAAACUCCCACGGCCACAGCCACCAUUCCCGAUAGUAUCAGCGAUAAUCCCUUGGCGGAUCUUCUCGAUGUUGAGUAAAAACACAUGAUUGCCUUUAAUAUCAAAUAUUUACAGUAGUCGAUCUCUGGAUGGUUAGACUGUCGACCAGAGUAUUGUUAUUCGUAUCCCUAGAAACUAUAUAAAAUAAAACGAUGAAUGUAUCAGUGUCGAUAA